CCUCCACCCUGCAACUCUCAGGCUGCCGCAGCCGACCAAGGCCCGCCUUCAAAAUGUCUAGCGACAGUGAUGAGCAUUUGCCAGGGGUGAUGAUGCCUCAGCCAAUCACAGGCCGUGAUCCUACAGCGGGUGGGGCCAGAGUUGCUGAGCAGCCAAUGAAGCCGCGUGAGGGGGUGCAAGAUUUUUCGACGGAGGGCAAAGGUCAUUCGGAAAGCGUCCCAUUAAAAAAUGUGAAAGGUCACUCCUCACAUCGCCUGCUAAGUCCACAACCUCCUACAACCACCUCCAAAUCAUUAUCCUCAACCUCUGCUCGCCAAGCCAAGCCCUCUCGCCCCAGAGGACGACCCAGAAUUCACCACCCCCCAGCUUUAACUGAAAGCUCAGAGGUUGCAGGCGGUAGCUGGAAUGGGAGGGGAGGACUCUCCCCUGCUCAGUGUGUGGCUGCCGGGUUCAAUGUUGAAUCUGGAGGAGGAGCGGGAGGCAGAGGAAGCGGAAAAACUUACAUCUGUAUCGACUGUGGAUACAGAACACCAAGAAGGGGCCGCAUGUUUAAGCACAGGGAAAAGCAUCAUCAGGGAGGAGUGAGUGGCUUGCCGGUGGGAGAUGUUUUGUCAACGUCACAAGGACAGAAGGAGCCACGCGCAUGCCCAACCAGCACAAAAUCCACCCGCAAGCGAGAGCGGUCAAAGAGCACCUCGCCUCACCUCCUCCGCCGGCCCCGAGUAUCUAUCUUGCCGGACGUCCCCUCGUCUACCUCUUCUUCCUCAUCUUCAUCGUCGACAUCAUCAUUAUCCUUUUCUUCUCCAAAAUCCCUUCCACCACUGCCAUCACCAGUACCUCCUCCACUUUCUCCAUCCAUGUCGAGUAUGGCCCAUCCUUCAAAACGAGAGCCGGCUUCGAGGUCCGGUGGACGCGGUCACAAGCGAGGGAGUGGCCUGGAGGGAGGCAGCGCUGCCAAGAAGAUUCGUAAAAAAGGAGGCAGUCACGACGGCAGCGGCACCACCAAAAGAAUUCGUAAGAAAGGUGGAGAUUCUGAAGGUGGUGGCACUAAGAAGAGUGGCUCUAAGAAGAUUCGCUCUAAAGGGAAAGGCAUCGAGGGGGGUAGCACGAAGAGGGUUCGUACGAAAGGGGACAGCGCUGAAGGGGUGCGCAAGAAAAAAAUACGUGUUGAAGGAGGGCACUCUGAAGAUGGCAACCUUAAAGGAGACAUCAGUAACUGGAACCCUACCGAAGAGAGUGGCACUAAAUUUGGAACUGGGAAGAGCAGCCUUGAAGUGGAUGCUUCCAAAGGGGGCAGCAGCAACUGGAAUCCCACUGAAGGGGGUGGCACUAAAGAUGGUGGCCUUGAUGGUGGUGGUAUUGAAGUUGGCGGCGGCAAUGGCAGCAUCGUCCAGUUGUCCUCCGCUUUACAGGAGCCCUCAACGCCAUCGGCCAUUGUGGGAGAAAACCCGGCUGCCUCAGCCGCCCCCUCUGGCUGUGCAAAAGGGGGAGGCCGCCACCGUGGCCGCAAGUCACAGGUCCUGUGUGGUGUGGCAUACUUGAAGGGCGAGGGAGGGCGCUUUCAGUGCGUGUACUGUCCCUUUGUGAGCGACCACAGAAGAAGCACGUCACGCCACGUUCUCAAGUUCCACCUGGGCGGCGAGGAGAGUCGCAGUGGUGGUGGCAAAGCUAGAGGAAGGGCCUCACGUAGAAACCGAGGCCUCAAGGCAGUGGCAAUCGGAGACCCUGGGAAAACUCCGACCGCGGUCGUCCAGCCGGUAGAAACAGCAGUGAUGACAAAAUUGGAAGUAGGAGACAUUGUCAACUUGAGAUCAGCGGUAAAGACGGACUUGUCGGUGUCUGAGACAGAAGGAGGCGUCACAGCUGGACAAGUGAAGGAGGAAGAGGUGUUGGCAAUUGUGGAGGCAGAGAAAGAUGAGGUGAAACAGGUAGGAAACGCAGAGCAGUCAGUCCCACAAAUUUCACUGCAGCUGCCACCAAAUACGACACAGAUGCCAGCAGCACCAACACCGUCAACAAUGCCGCGCGACGGACUUAAUGCCAAGAAUCAUAGGCCACUGGAAUCGAGUGUGGGCACCAGCAAGAAGCCACUGAGAUUCAGUAACCGGCGCAGCAGCAGGACAAGCGGCGCAGCAGCAGAAUCGGGGACUGAGCCGGAGGUGGGGGUUGAAACAGGCGAGUCGGCGCAGUCGUCACGGCCCACUGCUCGGCUGCUGUCACUGGUGUUGAAUGGCAAUGCUGGCAGCGCCGAAGUGGUUGGGGAGGUGGCACGAGACGGGCGGCAGCAGCAGGCGCUGGAUCUCUCCUCGUCAGUCGUCCUCCCGCACAAACCCAAUGCCCGCAUCGACGCCAUCGUGCAGGGCCUACAGACUCGACUGUCGGAAAAUGGUGCCGGCUCCGCGUUGGCUGCACUGCAGGCGCUAGCAUCAUCCGACGGUGGUCACGAAGUCACCGAGAGCGCUGCCGGAGAGGCGAGUGAGGCUAGUGAUGUUGAAAGCGAUGACCAUAGAGUAGGAGGAGGAGCAGCUGAUGAAAAUGAAGAAAAAGAGCACCAUGCCGCUGAAGAUGAUGACGUUUCGGAUGAGGAAAAACGAGGAGAGGGGGAGGACAUAUGCAAUGGUUCAAUCUUGCGCUAUCGCUGCCUGGUGUGCCCCUUUUCGCAUGCAGAUGUCGCGGCCAUGAUGCCGCACUACAUCAGCGAGCACCCAACGGUGCACAUCACCACCGCGCUGGUGGCGUCCACUUUCGAUGUGACGCGGGGGCCACUGCAGCGGAAGCACAACCACCACUACCGCACCAACAGCACCAACGAGAUCAGGAGGAAGUACGCUGGGCGUCCACGCCAUGGUUUUGCUGGCAGUAGCAGUGGAAGCUCGUGGUAUGGUUGCGACCAGUGUCCCUACGGUCACGGCAACAUCCAUUCAGUGCUUGUGCACUACCAGCGCCGGCACCCAGCUGUCAAGGCCACCUAUGCACGCAUCUUGCGCCGAGGGCAACCGCCGGCGAAGGGGACGAUGCGCGGAUCACUGCGGCGCCGUUUCGGUGGCGGUUCCAAACCUGACGCCAAUGCAGAGGCAGGGUCGACAGGAGAGGCGGGGCUGGUUGAAGAGGCAGAGCAAGCAUCUGAGCCAACCUUCCGGUGCCGCCACUGCAACUAUGCCAAUCGCUCGGUGCAGGGUGUCCUCGUUCACUACCAGAAGCGCCACCCGUUGGUCAAAGUGACGGCGCGCUACGUGCGAGAGGGACAGCGCUUUCCGGCGGAUGGUGCCCCUCCGGCGGACGAGCCGCAGUCGCCGGCGAGGAUGGGCCUUGCUGAGAUGAUGCGGUUGCUCGUGACACCACUACCGCCGACGCCGACGCCUACUGUCGCCACAGCGCUGCCGGCCGUCCCCUGUGGCCAGCCCGCUGCGGCGCCGCUACCAGUGUCCUCUUCUCCUGAUGCGGCAGCCGAAGCUCAACCGAGCGCAGCGAUGGCAGUGACGAUUAUUACGCCGGGCCCCUUCUACUGCCAGGAGUGCGGCUACACUAACCGCUCAGUGCAGGGCGUGCUCGUGCACUGCCAAAAGCGCCACCCGGGUGUGCGGGCUAGUGCUGACAUAGUUCGGCGGCACACAGCACUGGUGAGGGGAGGAGAUGCCGUGGAAGACGGGGAAGUUGGGCCGCUGGUGCCGACAUCAUUGACCUGUCCCGACGCCCCCUUCGCACGGAACAACAAUGACGACAUCGGUGGAGGAAACUGCGGUCGAUCUAUCCUCGACGCCAUCACGUGGUCAUCACCGCCCACUGCGCCGCUGCUCCCACUGCGGUGUCGCCUGCAGCACGGCGAGGCAGCUGGAUGCACACAUAGCGCGGAGGCAUGCGGGCGCCGGCCUGGACCUGCAGCAGCUGCAUUCGCUAGAGCAGCAGUCGGUGGAGGUGUCCCCCGCCAUUCUACUUCGACGUGAGCGAGACCGGGCACGACGCAGGGCUACUGCCGCUGCUGCCGCCGCUGCUGCCACCACUGCUGCCACCACUGCUGCUGUUACUACUGAUUCUCCUGCAAAUGUUGCUGCUGAUGGUGGAGGAGAUGGUGCUACGGCUGCUGUAGCUG